AUGAGAGGAGGAAAAGAGAAACUUUACUUUAUUCUUCUUCUCCUCGUCUUUUUACUGCGCUUGAAGUCCUCCUUUUCCUCUCCUUUUCAUUUUCGAGGGGACGUCCCGUACGUUUCGAAUCUGGACUUUUUAACACCAAAUGCGACGUCUACUUCGUCUUCAUCUGUCCUCGCGGACGGGACUUUAACGCUCACGGGCGACCACGUGACGCCGUUUUUCAACGCGAUCGAACCUCUCUCGCGAGCGAAACGGUUUAGUUUCUCCUGUUCGGUGUUUUUGUUCGACGACCGGGAUAAUUACGAGAACGGUGGGGCGUUGAUUUCGAGGAUGAGUUCUCCGGAGCAUCCGGCGUUUGCGCUGACCAUCGAACCGCCGUCAUCAUCAUCAAUUUCUGGAAAGGAAGGAGAAGACGAGGACGGGUCGAGAAGUUAUGACGACGACGGGGUAAACGUUGCAGAGAAAGGGUCCGCGGUGUCGUUCGCGAUGACGUUUCGGAAGACGCACGCGGUUCGCAAAGCGACUUCGUCUUCGUCGCCGGGCGAAGUGGUGGCGAGUUUCACGGUGAGCGGAAAGUCGAGGAGAAGAUUGGUAGCGAAUAGAUGGCACCACGUGGCGUUAGUCGUCGGCGAAGACACGGUCGCGUUUUAUUUAGAUGGUUUCGUGGACGUGGAGUAUAGGUUGCCGCCGAAUGCAGGGUCGACGCAGAGAGGCGGGUUGUUUUUGUCGCCGCACGCGACGAAUUCGAACUCCUUAGACGACGCUUUGUCAAUUGGUGGGGAGAGCAGAGGAAGACGAAGGAGGAGGAUGUCGACGUUGAAAGCGAGAUUUGAACCGCCGAGUGGUUUGAAAGGGUUAGUGCACGGACCUAGAUUAAGGAUGGUGUUUGACGAGGACGAGGGCGAGGACGAAGAGGCGAGCGCCGAGGAGUGCGACUGCUACCACGAGGAGGAGGAGAAGGAGGAGGAGGAGGAGGAGGAGGAGGAGGAGGAGGAGGAGGAUGUCGAAGAGCAACGUUGCGACAGCAAAAUAACAGAACCACAGACUUGUUACAGCGGUGACGACAUCCCCCGCACCCGUCGAGGCGACAGAAAACAACACCAAUCCCAAACGCGAAUCGACGAUCCAACUGCGUGGUAUUACGAAGCGCAGUGGUCCAAAUACGAAGCCAGACGCGUAGGAUCGGGCGGCGCGGGAAAUGAAGAUCCGGACAAUCUCUUUCUUUCUGGAAAAGUAGAAACGUCCGGGUUCGAGAGAGAAGCCAUAUUAGAAUCUCGCAACUUGGAAAUUUUAGAGAUGAUGUCGUUCGAUCCAGAACCGAUUCCACACGACGAGAGCGGAAAUACCGAGGCGACGACGAGCACCCAACAAGAGGAGAUGAAAGCGCUAAGAAGUGAAAGCGAGGAAGAAAAACCAGCGAACCCGGGAGUGUUGGGAGGAAAAAGCGACAAGAACGUUGAGAACGCCGAGACAGAAGCGACGGAUGGAGAUGAUGUGACUUCGUCGUCCGAAGACGCCGCUGCCACGCUCGCGGCGACUUCGGUCUCGAGAGACCGCGAAGAGUAUUUCAACUCGCUCAAUACGAAAAAGAAAUACGCCGAAGCAACUCGAAAGCUCGCGGACGAAAAACUCGCGCUCGCCUUGUCCAAUUCUUGGAAACGGCAAGAGGAGAUAAAGGUUAUCAACAGGAAUAAGUUAUUGCGAGAAGCGUUAGAUCUGUACCGAUUAGCCGCCGCCGCUGGAAGCGACAAAGCGCGCAGAGCUGCGGCUACGUUGCUUUCGCACGAGUACGUCUACCGCGCUGGCGGUGGAUUCGUAUACAAAGGCCAGAAUCCAAUCGAUACUAACAAGCUUAACGAAGUCACCUCUCGGGAGGAAAGCUCGUCUCGAGCGGCGUAUCACAGAUUACGAGGCGCGUACUUAGGUGACCCCGCGAUGCGUCUAUCUGUUGCCGUGGACGCCAUGCGACGGAAAACCUGGGGUGAGAAAUCAUGUUUAUUCGCUUCGCAAUACCUGUUCCUCGCCGCCACGAAAGCGUACGAAGAUUACAACAAACCAUCCGGGCAAGUACGCAUUGAAAAACAGCGAUUGCACGAUCGUUUGAAAGUAAAUUUCGACCCACACGCCGCCGACGACGUAGUCGUCGCAGUGGACAGCGAUAUCGGGGCAGCCAACACGGCUGGUGUCGAUCGACCGGACGAAAGGGCGUUAUGGCUCAUGAACAACGCGCAAGGCGGCGACGCGAACGCGAUGGUACAUUUGGCCAACGCGCAUUAUUGGGGGCAUCGAGGUUUAGUGAGAAACUACGAAGCGGCGGCAAACAUGUACCAGCAAGCGCACAACGCCGGGAACGUUCAAGGUACCGUUGGUCUUGCGAAAUUAAUGUUGAAAGGGGAAGGCGUUGGUAAAAAUUUAACCCAAGCGAUGGAGCUGUACGAGGAGGCUGCGGAAAAAGGUAUCGCGGAUGCGUACAACGGAUUAGGAUUUGCCGCAUUUUACGGCUCAGAGGGUGAAUUUGAAGCAAAUAAAACGCUCGCUUUAACGUACUUUCGAAAAGCAGCCGCACUUGGCUCACCUGAUGGCAUGGUUAACGCCGGGUUAAUGUUUCGAGGCGGUAUUGGCGUCGAAGGCAACAAACCGAACACGUCGCUCGCGUAUACAUACUUCCGUCGAUGUGCGGACAUGUUCCCUGAACACAUCUCGUGUCAAUACAAUGCCGGGUCUCUGGAAUUGAGCGAUGUCACUAAUCACAAUCACCGGUUGGAUCCCGAGGCAGGUCAAAGCGACUCUCGGUGCAUGAUGGCUGCCCGAAGAUUGCGAAAAGUUGCCGAAACGAGUGCUUUUAAUCAAAUCGCGGAAUCCGCUUUGAAAAGUUUUCAAGCGGGGAAUUUUAGCGAGGCUCGAUUCAAGUACGACGUCGCCAGCGAUUACGGCGUCUCGUCUUCCACGCAUAAUUCAGUUUGGUUGUAUGAAAAAGCGUUCCAGAAAUCGAAUAAAGAGAGCAAGCCGAACGCACUCGCCAAUAAAAUGCUCUUUGGUGGCGAAAGGAGAAGUCCUCGCCUCCCUCCGUUUGUGGCAAACUAUCUGAAGCAAGCGUCCAAGAACAAAAUAAUGCGUGCAACGGGUGGGUUCAUAGGCAGUCAUGAACGUCUGCGGAGAGAAUUCAUCGCGGCGGCGAGGAAGCUAGCGCACGAUCCAUCGGCGACGACGAACGAACGAACGUGGGCGCACUUGAAAUUAGGCGACGCGAUGUACGAGUACUCUGCUGGGGAGCAUCGAGAUUUGGCGAAAUUGGCGUACGAUGAAGCCAUCGAUACGUGGAAAAGAGCGAUGCAAUAUAGAAAGAAGAGGCGAUUUAUAAACGGAGACGGUGACGUGGAAGAGGAAACACAAACGAGAACUCCGAGGAGAAUGUCAAAGCGUCAGUCGCGUUUGAGGCAAAAGAGCAGCGCUUUGAUGAAACGUUUUUAUAACGCGUUCCUUACGCAACAAGAGCAAGAGCAUCAACCAGAAGAAGAACAACAUCAGAACGGUAUCGAAGACGAAGCGAAACUCGAAACGUACGAGAAAAAAGAACGCGAAUGGACGCGCGAAGAGCGCGAACGGAAAGAACUCGAACGCGGUCGCCCGGAUCGCGGACACGACGACGAAGACGAACUCGACCAAGAGGCUUUGCAUGCCGGGGCGCUCGUCGCCAACGCUUUAUACAAUUCCGCGUGGCUCGUGCUCGAAGAGAGCAUCUCGAGCGGCGAUGGGAAAAAAGUGGACGAAUCGCUCUCCUUAGUAUCGGAAAUGCUUUUCGAUGCCAUCGAGAUUGGCGGUUGGCGAGCGUUCAUAGGAGCUACGCCGCCUUUAGUCGCCGUCGAAGCCGCGAAAAUCUACCGAGCGACCAAAAAAAUCAUUCAGCACGUAUAG